AAAAGCCCAUUCAACUAUAUUCAAAACUGUUUUUAACUGUUUGUGUGUAAUAUUUUCACCAGGAACUUCGAGUUUGGUAGUUAGACCAAAUGGAGUAGUAUGUUGUUUACCUUUCGUCUCAUUCCGUCACACAAUCUCUCCAAAACCCUUUACGCAAGACUAUCAAAAAAGAACUAUACCGCCAACACAUCUCUUAAUCUGAAGCCUCUCAACUCCAAGAUUUCAAAUUUCAUGAGAAAUGGCCUCGUCGAGGAAGCCCAAAACCUAUUCGACGAAAUGCCGCAAAGAAAUACUGUCACAUGGAAUGCCAUGAUUCGCGGGUACUUCCAAAACGGGCAAUUCAACCAAGCAAUGCAUUUAUAUAACCAGAUGGACAAUCGGGAUAUCUAUUCGUAUAACAUAGUGAUUGCGGGUUUAAUGCAAUUUGGUGAUGUGAAUGGCGCAAGGGAAGUUUUUUAUUCUAUGCCAUUCAAUGAUGUUGUGACUUGGAAUUCUAUGAUUUCAGGGUAUGUUUGUAAUGGGUUGGUAGAUGAAGCUGUUUGGGUGUUUGAUAGGAUGCCUUUGAGAAAUGUGAUUUCUUGGAACUUGAUGAUCACGGGUUUAUUGAAUUGUGGAGAAUUCGAUUUGGCUGAAGAAUUGUUUAAAGAAAUGGGUAAUCGGGAUGUUGUGUCUUGGACUGUAAUGAUGUCUGGGUUUGUGAGUGCAGGACGGAUUUUUGAAGCGCGGGAAAUUUUUGAUGGCAUGCCUAUAAGGGAUGUUCAAGCUUGGAAUACAAUAAUAUCUGGUUAUAUAGAUAAAGGGUAUCUUGAAAUUGCGGAAGUUCUAUUUCACAAAAUGCCUGAGCAAGACUGGAAUUCUUGGAAUGGGAUGAUAACAGGGUUGGUGAAUGGUCAGCGGUUUAGUGAUGCAAUAAGGCUUUUUAGUGAAAUGCCACAGAAAUGCCAAAGAUCGUUGAAUUCAAUCUUGAUGGGAUUAAUAAAGAAUGGGCUUGUGAAAGAAGCUCAUGCAGUUCUUGAGAAACACCCAUUUGGUGAUGUUGUGUCCACGACAAAUAUGAUUAUUGGGUAUUUUCAUAUUGGUGAGGUUCAGACUGCAAUUGAACUUUUUCAGUUGAUGCCUAUUUGGGAUACAACAGUGUGGAAUGCUACAAUAUUUGGAUUAGGUGAAAAAGAUCAUGGCGAGGAUGGCUUGAAAUUGUUCAUGAGAAUGAAAAAACUAAGUUUUCCUAUGGAUGAAGCUACAUUUACUAGUGUGCUGACAAUAUGUUCAAGCUUGCCAACCUUGAAUCUUGGCAAACAGACUCAUGCACAAAUCAUUAAGAUGAGUUUUAAUUCUUUUAAUGCAGUUUGUAAUGCAAUGGUUACUAUGUAUGCUAGAUGUGGAAACAUGAAUUCUGCCUUGAUGGAGUUCUCUUCCAUGCCCAGUCAUGAUGUCAUUUCUUGGAAUUCUAUAAUAUGUGGUUUCGCUCACCAUGGACAUGGAGAGGAAGCCCUAAAAAUGUUCAACCAAAUGAGAUUGACAGACAUUAAACCCAAUCAAAUAACCUUUAUUGGAGUUCUUUCUGCUUGUAGCCAUUCAGGAUUGGUAGAACAAGGUAAGUACUACUUCAACUUCAUGAAAUAUAAGAGUUUUCUUCAGCCAAUGACUGAGCAUUACACUUGCAUCGUUGAUCUUCUGGGUAGAUAUGGGCAUAUAGACGAGGCAGUAAAAUUUUUGGAUCAAAUGAGAGACGAUGGAAUUGAGGUUUCAGCAAGUGUUUGGGGGGCAUUGCUCGGAGCAUGUAGAAUUCACAAUAAUAUUGAGGUAGGUGAGAUUGCAGGGAAAAGGGUAAUGGAGUUAGAGCCUUUUAAUUCUGGUGUCUAUAUGAUUUUGGCUGAAAUGUAUCUCGAUAGUGGGAGGAAAAAAGAUGCUGAGAAGAUAUGGGUUCGAAUGAAAGAGAUGGGAGUGAAGAAGCAACCUGGGUGUAGUUGGAUUGAAGUAAACAACAAUGGGUAUGUAUUUCUUUCGGGAGAUAGUUCGCACCCUGAAUUUUAUAGCAUCUGUUGUAUUUUAGACUUGCUGGUAAUCGAGAUGGAGAUUGAAAUUUUAAAACCAAAUACUAGUUCAUGUCCAGAUAUACUUGACAUAUGUGAAUUAAAUUAAAUUGGACAAUUUUUAUUCCUCUUUAUUUAUUGCAUUAACUGAGCAGAGAAUGAAAACUAUUUGUACUUGGGUAGAGACUAAUAAAGUUGUUGCCCAUGAAUGUUGGAGUUGCCUAUUAGAAGUUCUAUUGAGAGAAAUACGGCCCAACUGCUUAGAACAGUAACUUGAUUGUAUUGUUGGUUGAUUGAGUCUAAAAGGAUUUUUUGUCAA